GAUAUUCCGAGCUUGAACCUCCCUGCUUGCUUGAGGCCGACUCGACGACAACCCGCUCCGCUCCUCACCAAAACGUCACUUGGGCCCCCCCGCUUCCUCUCUCUCUCUCGUCCCACCUCGUCGCAUACACACAAAUACAAUGGCGCUCUCUUGCAGAUACGCAGCUCAGAGCUGCGCCCGUCAGCUCCGUGUCACCGGUUCGCUGCGUGCCUCGACAUCCCUCUUCCAGACCCGAACUCCCGCGACCGCACGGAGGUACAACUCCACCGAGGCCGCCGCUCCUACGAACCCCAAGAUCGCCGCCAUCGUCGACCAGAUCAGCACGCUUACCCUUCUCGAGACCGCAGACCUCGUGUCAAGCUUGAAGUCCAAGCUCAACAUUCCUGACCUUCCCGUCGGUGGCUUCGCCGCCGCUCCCGCAGCCGCCCCCGCCGCGGCCGCGGAGGUUGAGGAGGCCGCGCCGGCGGCAGCUGAGAAGAGCGUCUUCAACAUCAAGCUUACGGCCUUCGACGCCGCCUCCAAGGCCAAGGUCAUCAAGGAAGUCAAGAACCUGCUGGGUCUCAGCUUGGUGGACAGCAAGAAGUUCGUCGAGAGCGCGCCGAAGCUGAUGAAGGAGAACGUGGCCAAGGACGAGGCCGAGAAGAUCAUCGCCACGAUGAAGGAGCUUGGCGCCACCGUCACCAUGGAGUAAAUCGCCCUGACGGCUGGCUGGUUGGCCGAUUUGAGAAACGAGGGCGCCCUACUCCCUGGGGAGGAGAUGUAAAACUCGGGCGGGAGGAGCAUUGUUGUCGGACAUCUGGAUUGGAUUGGUCUAGACGGACGUGUAUGAGUGU